GUCUCGCCUUUCGUCGUCUAUUCUUAGCACCAGCCCAAGUGAGUACCGAUGGUAGUCCACGAGUCCUCGUCAAUCACCGAUCCCCUUUCCUCUCCUCUCUGCUUCGCUUCCCAUCUCAGAUCUCGCCUUUUUCCUUCCAUCUCUCAUCGUCGAGGUACAGGAGUGUUGUUUGAUUGAGAUAUCAAUCAGAGAUUUGAGCUUUUCAAAGUUUAUGGUGGUUUGAAGUGGUAAGAAAUGUCAAGAGCAAAUACACACUGGUGUUAUGUUUGCAGGCAAGCAAUUCGGCCACUUGGAACGACCAUGAUCUGCCCAAACUGUGAUAGAGGAUUCGUGCAAGACCUGAAUGAGCUAGAUGGAAGCCCACUUGAUUACUUGGGGGAGGACUAUAACAAUCACAGUGAUAAUCAUUUUGGAAUUCUGGAUGCUUUGUCUGCCUUGAUGAGACAGCAUAUGGGAGGACUGAAUCGGGAAUUUGAUGUUAAUAGCAGAUCCAAUGCUCCAACAGGGAUUGAGAUAGUCUUCGAUGGAGGACAUGGACUUGGUACAAGGCGUGUCAAUAUAGGUGACUAUCUUCUUGGUUCUGGAUUCGAUAACCUCAUCGAACAGCUCACUAGAAACAACAGUCGCGGCCCACCACCUGCUUCUCAAUCAGCAAUUGACUCCAUGCCCACUGUAAAGAUAAGCAAGAGGCAUCUCCGUGGUGAUUCACACUGCCCUGUUUGUAAAGACAGAUUCGAGUUGGGAUCUGAAGCACGGGAAAUGCCCUGUAAGCAUAUAUAUCACUCCGACUGCAUUAUUCCGUGGCUAGUCCAUCACAAUUCUUGCCCGGUUUGUCGUCAUCAGUUGCCAUCUCAUGGCUCUGACCAUAUCCCGACUAGAAACCACCAUAGUGGUGGCAGUGGAAGCAGCAACACUAACAGUAGCAGAGAAUCUGGAGGUGAGGGCCAUGCCAGGAGGAACAACAGCAAUAGUAGUAGGGAAUCUGGCGGUGAGGGCCAAACCAGGAGGAAUCCUUCCUCCGCUCGGCCAUCGCAGACUGCUAAUCCUACUAGCUCUAAUGCAAACGAGUCGAGUGGGAGCACCAGUGAUGGUAUUCAUGAACUCCAUUACACUGGAUGGCCUUUUGAUUAUUAAGAUCUCUAGUCUUUGUUUAUUAUUCCAUCAGAUCUUGUUCAAAACCUUUUCAUGCAAUUCCACGCCCAGCUGUUUGUCCAA